CAAACAACUUCAGUUGAUCGAGAUAUUUUUAAAUGAACACAAGUCAGUGCAACAAGGGAUCUAGACAAUUAUGUUAAUUCAAAUACUUUUGGUUGCAAUUGCUGCCAUAGCGUUAGUGGAAGGACAUGUCAUUGCGGAUGAUGAUUUUCAUAAUGUUUACAAGUUAACCGGUCAGAAUAGCAAUCGUGCUUUCAUUGAAGAUAUUGGCAUGGGAAAAUAUACACCUGAAGAGGAAAAGGAUCCAGAAUUCUGGAGAAAUUUGGCGCGCCAGGAGUUGCAGCAGAAUUUAAAAAAGCAGCGCUUAAAUAUGAACAAGGCCAAGAAUGUGAUUUUCUUUUUGGGUGAUGGCAUGUCCUUGAGUACCGUAGCAGCGGCCAGGAUGCUCAAGGGUCAGCAGAAAGGCAAUACGGGUGAAGAAGAGGUCUUGAGUUUUGAAAAGUUCCCUUAUACCGGCUUAAGUAAGACCUACUGCACUGACUCUCAAGUGGCCGAUUCUGCUUGCACUGCAACUGCUUAUUUGUGCGGUGUUAAGGCUAACAUUGUGACAAUUGGUGUCAGUGCUAAUGUUCUAUUUAACAAUUGUUCUGCCAGUAUGGAUCCCAAAAAUCAUGUCUCCUCUAUUGCUCAAUGGGCCCAAAAGGCGGGCAAAUCGACGGGCUUUAUAACAACCACCACCCUAACACAUGCUAGUCCCAGUGGUACAUUUGCUCAUGUAGCCAAUCGUAUGUACGAGAGUGAUACUGAUGUACGUUCCUUCGGCAGAGAUCCUGAAGAAUGCAUGGACAUUGCUACUCAGCUGGUAACCCAAGAGCCCGGCCGUAAUUUCGACAUAUUAAUGGGUGGUGGCAUGUCCAAAUUUUUACCCAACACCAUACGUGACUGUCAUGGCAAUUUGGGUAUACGAGAAGAUGGUAAAAAUUUACUAUCCACUUGGCAGGGAAUGCAUCCUGAAGGCAUUAUUGCCACCAAUCGUGAAGAGUUGCUGAGUUUGAACACCUCUAAGGUAUCCAAUAUCAUGGGUAUAUUCCAAUCGAAAUACAUGGAUUAUCGUUUGCUGUCUGAUCCCGUUAAGCAGCCCACUUUGGCCGAAAUGACUGAAGUAGCCCUAAAGUUAAUGCAGCGUAAUGAUGAAGGUUAUUUCAUCUUCAUUGAGGGUGGUUUAAUCGAUGUAGCUCAUCAUGCUACUAAAGCUGCCAUUUCUCUUGACGAAACUUUGGAAUUUGAUAAGGCCAUAGAAUUGGCCAGAAAAAUGACCGAUCCCGAGGAUACUCUUAUAGUGGUAUCAUCUGAUCAUGCUCAUCCCUUAACCAUUUCGGGUUAUCCGGGCAGAGGUACAGAUAUCUUGGGUCUCAAUCAACAUGAUUCGGACUCUAAUGGUUUGAAGUAUUUAACUUUAAAUUAUCCUAUUGGGCCCAAACAGUAUUUAGAUGAUAAGGGUAAUCGUUUGGAUUUGGAAAAAAUAAACAGAGAUUCCAACUUUGAGUAUCCCGGUUAUAUCAACACCGAUGAUGGCCGUCAUUCUGGUGAUGAUGUGGGUAUCUUUGCCUCUGGACCUUUUGAUCAUUUGUUUACUGGCGUUAUAGAGCAGAGUACUAUACCCCAUUUGAUGGCGUAUGCUGCUUGCAUUGGUGAUGGUCCUACAAUGUGUGAUGCUAAUUAAAUGCAUUUUAAAGAUUUAAACAUGGACUUUUAG